AUGUCUACCGGAGACCCUGGGUCCCCACUGCCGGCACCGCCACCACCGGUAUCCGCCACCAGCGUCCAGCCCCCCCGCGACCGGAUCCCGAUAAGCUCGAAGAAGACGCAAGUCACGGGCCCCGCCACCGCCGCACCCAACUAUGCUGCCGCUGCGAGUCAGAUGGCGACUCAAACACCUGAACAACAGCAACAACAACAACAGCGUGCCAAGGCUCUGGGCAGCCUCCUACAAGCCAUGGGUGCUGUACCCGGAAACCGCAUGGAUCGCUGGGUCCAGGCCAUCUACUUCGCCGAACUCUACCCCGUCGCCACCGCCACAUCGCUGAAAUUUUCGGCCUUGAACGCGAACCGGUCCGUCGAGAACAUCUUCGAUUACGCCCUUGAAGUGACUCUGUCUCACCAGAGCGCCUCGCGAGCGACUCAUGCCGACAAGAUCGAUCUCGUGGCCUGCGUCACGAGGCUGCUAUCGCCCAUCUCUCCUAUCUGCUUUGAGCCUGGAGUUCCUCUGCCGGACCAUCUUGCGGCUUAUCAACCACAGAUCUUAGGCGUACAACAUUCAUCAAUCCUGCGUAAUGGGGCGGCUCACCAUCGCGUUACGGUUGGGUUCGUCACCGGCGAGGCACGUGACGCGGCGCUCACGACGCCCCCCGCUCUCACUUGGCGAUCGGCGAAGGCCCGCUUCGCGAAGUCUCACAGGUUCCACCAUAACAUGGUCGAGCUUCGAAUCAACGUCGGUGUUCAAGGAGUGCCCUCCAUGGAUGCCAUCAUCAAAUCGUUCCAAUCACUUGUGCAAGACCUGUCAGGCAAGGGACAUUCAUGCCAACUUGUGCAGGUUCUGCGCGUUAUCAGCGUGGACAACGCCUCGGCCUUCGCCCACGUUGCCGGAGACUACUCGGCUUUCCUACACUUCGAUGACGACUCCCUAUUCCAACGCCCCAACACGACCUUGAAGGAGAUUCUACCUUCGAGGAUCGACCUUCCCACUCGAGGCAUCCCGGUUACCGCCCUUCGCCAUGACUAUGAGAAGGAGGCGGCUUGCGGUAGGUGCCACUUUGUGGGUCACGUGGGAACCUGCGGACUGGAUCAGGAGAGGAAGCGGAAGGAGGCUCACAACGGCAUCAUCAACAGCAACAAAAACACCAUCACCCACAACACCAACAUCGCGGAGGCCGAGGCCCCCAUUCCUGUGCUGGUUGUUAACAGGAUCGCAUCACAGAAUCACUUCGCCGGGCUCGAGGUCGAGGAGGGACAGGAGGAAGAGGUAACUGGCCAGGGCGAACAGGGACCGGAGGAAUCGGGGGAGGAAGACGCUGGUGAUAAGGCGGAUGACGAGGACUCGGAGGACUCGGAGAUGGAAUCGGAGGCGGCCGCGAAAACGGAGGUCAUCAAAAUUGAAAGCGAGGACGAGUCGGUCUUGGAGGACUGCAGCGGAUCCGAUGGAGAGGUGAUUGAUGAGAAUGAGGUGAUGGCGGAUGAAAGAGGUGAAGCGGAAGGAGAGGUGGCUACGGAGAUGGAGGAAGAGGAGGUGGCGACGGAGGUGGGCGAUGUGGACGAAGCGAGGGGAUCGACGAAAGCGGAGAAUGCGGAAGCGACGGACUUAGGGGAAACGAACAGGCUGGACAAUGACGACGACAGCGACGCCACAGCAACCGCGCCACCGCUUCCCGCGAAUCGACGCCGCACGAACCAACCCCACCUCUGUCACCCGAAACUCUCGCCAAGUCGCUACGCGAGGGGGAGGAGUGGGACAGGAUCAGAGCUAACUGGGUUGAGCAGGCACGACUUGAGCGGGACCAAAGCAUCGAGAGGAGGCUCAACGCUGAAACCCCUUUGGUGCGUCACAACUUUGCCACGUGGGACGAGGACGGUGAGAUACGCUCCAUCAACAUCAGGGGGACCGCUGCGAAGUUCAAGAAGCAGGUGAUGAAGAGGUCGCAGACUGCGGCGGACCUCAGUGACCCAAGUGACGAACCGACCGACGCCAAGCGAGUCAUCAUCAAAGGGAAGAGCCGCGUCGUGGUGAAGGAUGGAAUAGAGGGGCGGAGGGUGACGAGGUCGAUGUCGGCGGCAGCGGCGAUGCAGGUCGAGGUGACGAAGGUGGACAGAGGGAAAGGAAGAGGGGUAGCUGAGGAAAAACGAUGGUCCGACCACGAGCCCGAGGACGAUGUCCUGCCCGCCCUUCCCCUCUUUGAGGACGUCACCACCGCCAAGAGCGCCUCGACCUCGACUACCCAUUAAUGAUCAAGCACACCAUCAUCACCUGGAACGUAAGAAGGGGCAUGGGGGUCCCGGAAAAACGACGUAAUAUCUACACCUACCUUUCCACAUUCAAAGCUUCCGCGAUUCUCUUACAAGAGCAUUUCAUCAGACCACAAUUCUGGCAGCUCAUCAAGGACGAGUACGAGGGCAAGCUCUUCAUCAACCAGCACUGCCUGACCCUGAUCCCGGCCGACUCGCCCCUGAUCGACGCCGAGCUCUUGCGCACCCACUCGGCACUCGACGGCCGGCUCCUCGUCACCUCCUUUCGUCUGCGGGGCGACAUCAAAAUUCUAGAAAUCAAUAACCUCUACGCGCCCGUUGACCCAAAACAACGAGCAAAAUUCUUCGACAAACUGAUCCUCCACAAAACACAGAAAUCCCACCUCCGACUCCUUGGCGGCGAUCUCAACGACUGCCCGCGCCCAGAAGUCGAUCGGCGGAACCAAAGUCGGCGCGGCCACCACUGGCCGAUUCUGAUGGGCAAGCUCGACUCGGCCUACACGGACUGCAUCCGCUACAAGCACCCCAUCACCCCAUCUUUCACUCGACCUAAUCCCAAUCGCAAGCGACCCAACUCCUUCUCCCGGCUUGACUACUUUCUCCUACAAAGAGCUCACCAAAAAAGGCUCGACCAGGCCUCGACGAUCUACGACUAUCCCAAGGAUCUUUCCGAUCACCGACCGGUCUUGAUCGUACUGGCUCUCUCAGACGAUCUUGAUGCGGCUCUCCCACAGCUCAGCCUACCUACCACAUCCAACCAACUACAUCGAAUCAAUACCACAACCUUCAAGACGGUGGAAUUUCAGCGGAUGAUGGAAGGAUGGUUGGAAGGGGCAAGCGGGGAGGAUCCGGUGCGAGAGCUUGAGGAGGUUCUGGAGGCGUGCAGGGACAGGGGUGGGGAGAUGGCGAGGAGGCUGCAUCGGGAGCGGACGGAACGGAUGGAGUAUUUGGUGGGGAGGGUGCAGGAUCUGGAGGCGUUACCGGUAUGGGGGGAGGCGGAAACGGCAGAAUGGACAAGGACGUCCGAGGAACUCAAGCGGGCGGUCGAGGAGCGCGCGCGCCUACUCCGGAUCCGAGCCCACGUCCCCGAGAUCGCUUCCGAGGAACGACUGUCGCGGCCGGUCCACGCCAAGCUCGCGGCGCGGAACUCGGACUCCAAGAUCACAGCACUGCGCUUGGGCAACGGAGAGCUAACGCAUGACAUUGAUGUCGCUCUUGACCACACGCAGGCGCAUUUCCAGCGCCUCUACCACAUCGAGCCUCGUGAUCCGGAACGCGUCGACCGACUUCGGGACGAACUCCUCGUGCCGAUCAGGGCGGCACGGACUUGCGACGACCCGCGCUCAGAUCCGCUCUUUCUGCGCCGACUCUCGGAAGCGCAGAUUGAUCUCCUCCAGCAACCCAUCACCGAGGACGAGGUCGUGGCCGCGAUCGGGACGACGCACCCGGGGCGAUCGCCGGGCCCGUCGGGCGUGCCUUACGAACUCUAUCAGACCGCACCGGAGGCGUGGUCCAAGGUGCUGACCAAGGCCUACAACGCGAUGAUCGAGCGCGGUUCACUCUCUCCCAAGCAGGGCCAGGGACUCGUGCGCCUCAUCUUCAAGCGCCACAAGAAGAAUGCCGAUCGCGCCGAACUCUCGUCGUAUCGCCCCAUCACCCUGCGCGAGUGCGAUUACAAGAUUUUUACCAAGGUCUACGUCGCCCGAUUGAACCAAAUUCUGCCCGAUCUCCUCCCGCCGCAGCAGCACGGCUUCGUCAAGGACCGCCGAUCGGCCGACGCUGCACUACACCUUCGUCUCCUGAUCGAGGAACUUGGCGCGCGCAGGACCGAGUUCCCCGCGGCCGCGCUCUUGUCUCUUGACCAAUCAUCCGCCUACGACCUCGUCGAGCAUGACUGGAUCUUUGCCAUCUUCGACGCUCUGGGCGCUCCUACCACCUUUCUUCGCGUGCUGAGGAUGCUCUACUCGGGUGACUCGACCUCCGCGCGCUACAUCAUCAAUGGGUUCCUGACGGCGCCGGUGCGACUGACGUGUGGGCUCGGCCAGGGGGACCCGGCGUCAUCGUCGGUCUGGGACAUCGUGUUUCAGCCGUUCCUGGAUGCUCUACACCGUCGAAACAUCGCUCUGAAUCUCUCCAUACCUGCACUUCAUCCGUACCCACAGAGCCGCGCCAUUACAUCACUUGCAUUUGCCGAUGACGUUGUCGUCGCCGUCGCGGGCUUGGAGUCACUCAACUUGCUCGAUGACCUGGCGCUCGACUGGAGGCAUGCAACGAAUGGCCGGCUCAACACGGACAAGACGGUCGUCCUACCGAUUGGACGUCGCUGGGACCCUGGGGAACGGCCAAUCGUCGUCAAGGCCGCAGGCGAGUCGCUCGAGUGGAUCGGCCUCCCCUUCGACCCCAGCGGCGACACCGAACUCGCCUACGCGAAUCUCAUCGAACGGCUCGAGGCGACGCUGGAAGCGGUUCAGCAUCGCUGGCUCACGCACCACACCCGUGCCUUUUACGUCAAUCGGUACGCCAUUCCCAAGAUCUUGCAUUUCCUUGCAGCCGACAUCCCGCCGCCCGAAGUCGUCAAGAAGCUCGAUGACAUGCUCGUCGAUUUCGUCCGUGGGGGCAAGGGCAGGACCAGCUACGGCAGAGACAUUGUGUUCACCGCCAAGAACAAGGGGGGACUCGGGGUGAUAAGGAUGCGGGACGUUGUGGACGCGGUUGCGGCACGGCUCUGGGACGUUCUUCUCGGCGGUUCCGGCGCGAUUUGGCAAGGACUUGCGCGCGCAGCACUCCAGCGAGCUCAGCCCGACCUCGACCUGGCCACCGAUCUCUGGCCACAUCCAUCCACUCCCAUCCCCAACGACCUUCAUCCCCGAUGGCACGCCGCACUGGGUGUUCCGAAACUUCACGACGCGCAGGUCAACCCGAGGGCCUUGACCACCGCGAACCUGCUCGCGCUGCCCACCCUGCUCGGCAGCCUCCACACCCCCAUCAGAGGGAGACAGACCAUCGACGCGGUUCAUGUACCUGACUACCUUCGUCUCCAGGGCUACCCGAAGGUGGCGGAUCUCUAUCGGCGCGAGUUGUAUGCGGGUGGGGGGUUUCACCUCUGGACGCCGCCGGCGGAUGUGCUCGGCGACAACAGCGAGUACGAUCGACGCGGGCUCCCGCAGCGACUGGCAAUCGCGGCCUGGUACCGGUUCACUGUCGAUCGACACAAGAACACCCCCUUGGCGGCGGCGGUGGCGGCGGGACGACUCAACGUGCCUCCCCGGAUCGGCACCAGCGCACCGCUCGAGGCGAUCAUCCCCAAGCCCGUGGCCCGCUUCGCAAUGGAGCAGCGCCUUCCGGACCCGGUGCUUCCACAACAGGCGAGCCAGUAUACGCUGCUGAACACGGCUCGACCCUACACAAUCCGUCGCAUCCGCCGGGUCCUGAACGCGAAGGCAUUUACCAACACGCUCGGGCUCAAGGGACCACCUCAGCCGGACGACCUCAGGAGCUUCUGGAAGGCAGUCAACUCGAAGGCACUGACGGCGAGGGAGAGGGAAGUUUGGUUCAAGCUGAUUCUCCGCUUCACCCCGACGCGCAAGCUCCAGCACGAGCAAAAGCACGACACUUCUCCCGCGUGCCUCGUCUGCGAAGCGCCGGUGGACAACACCGAUCACUACUUCUUCGGCUGCGUCGACUCGCGGAACGUCUGGACCGCGGCAAGGGGCGUGCUCUGCGACGCGCUCGGAUGCGACACGAUCGAGGACGCCGAGUACACGACGCUUCAACGACUCUUUGGCCUCCCCAAGCUCAAGGCCAAGCUCAGCGCACAGGAAGGCGCGGGCAGGACGAUCGAGAUCUUCACGGGGAUGGUUUUGGAGAUGAUCAGCAGUGGGAGAUGGAGGAUGCAGAAGCACGGGACGAGGAUGGAAAGCGUGGAGAGGAGGAGGGUGGUACUGGAGGAGAGGAUGAAGUUGAGGGCGGGAGGAGCAAGAGGCAGGCGAGGGCAGUAG